AUUUGGCAUUCAAUCAACCACUCUAUAUAAAUCACCUCAUUUGUUGCCAUCAAUCCAGCAGACACUUGAAAUCCAAUUAACUGGAAAUGGCGUCCUCUUCUUCCUCCUCUGCUCGCGUUGUCAUCGCCAUGCUGCUGAUCUCCGUCCUCGGCGUGGCCAGCGGCAACGACCUCAUAUUCGUGGCGUGCAAGAUGGCGGGCGCGCCGGACACGGAGUUCUGCAAGGCGGCGCUCGGGUCCGUCGGCGCCGGCGAACACGCGAAGAGCUACAAGGAGCUCGCCGCCGUCGCCGCCGACCUCCUCGUGGCCAACGCCACCAGCACCAAGGCCAAGAUCGACGGCCUGCUAGCCUCCGGCGGCGGCCUGCAGGCACUCCGGUCGUGCCAGGCGCUGUAUGAAGGGAUCGUGGACGGCGGCCGUGGCUCCGCCGCCGCGAUCAGGGGCAGCAGGUUCCGCGAGGCGACGGCGGGGCUGGAGAAGGCGGCGACCGCGGCGAGGCGGUGCGAGGACGGGUUCGGGAAGAGCGGCGCGCCGCCGUCGCCGGUGACGAAGGAGGGCCGCGACGCAGACAGGCUCGCCGAGCUCGCCGUCCGGCUGAUCGGCAUCGCUUGAUCAUCGAGAGAAAUGUAGCACUGCUCGCCGUCGCCGACAUCGGUUUAUGGAAACAAUUACUCCGUAUUAGAGAAAGUAUAUGAAAAAAAGACAAAUUUAUUAGCAGGGAAAAAUAAAUUGUUUCUUUUGUGUAAUCCGUA